AAGAUGGAGGCACAACAUGGAUUCAGCCAGAGAGCGCUUCGACGAAAUGGCAGAAGCAAGUAUUUCAUGGGCUCAGGAUCACUUUACUUGCCCAAUCUGUCUGGAUUUACUGAAGAAUCCAGUGACCAUUAACUGUGGACACAGUUUCUGUAUGGACUGUAUUACAGACUGCUGGGAUCAAGAUGAUCAGAAGCGAAUCUACAGCUGCCCUCAGUGCAGACAAACCUUCACACCAAGACCUGUUUUAGGUAAGAAUGUGGUGAUUGCUGAAAUGCUGGAGAAACUGAAGAAGACAAAACUUCAAUCUGCUCCUGACUCUGCUCAUUGUUACGCUGGACCUGGAGAUGUGGAGUGUGACAUCUGUACUGAGAGAAAACUAAAAGCAGUCAAGUCCUGUCUAGUGUGUCUGAACUCUUACUGUCAAAAUCACCUCAACCAGCAUGAGAAUUUCUUUAAAGAUAAAAACCACAACGUGAUCGAUGCCACUGGACGACUACAAGAAAUGAUCUGCAAAAAACACAACAAACAACUAGAAAUCUACUGCCGUACUGACCAACAAUGCAUUUGUUAUCUGUGUACGAUGGAUUUUCACAAAAACCACGACACUGUGACAGCUGUUGCAGAGAGGACAGAGAAACAGACGCGAUUGGGAGAAACACAAAGAAAUUUAAAGCACAUAAUCCAGGAGAGAGAGAAGAAGCUUCAGGAGCUGAGACAGACUGUGGACUCUCAUAAGCGCUCUGCACAGACAGCAGUGGAGGACAGUGAGAGGAUCUUUACUGAACUGAUCCAAUCCAUUGAGAGAAGACGGUCUGAGGUGACACAACUGAUCAGAGAUCAGGAAAAGACUGCAGUAAGUCGAGCUGAAGGAGUCAUGAAGCGUCUGGAGGAGGAGAUUGAUGAUCUGAAGAGGAAAGACGCUGAACUGAAGCAGUUUUUACAAACAGACGAUGACAUUCAUUUCCUGCAGAGAUUCAAGUCUUUCUCUGUGACUUCUGGAUCUUCAGAUGUUUCCAGCAUUACUGUCAGUUCUCUUCUCUCUUUUGAUGAUCUGAGAAAAUCUGUUUCUAAACUCAGAGAUAAACUGGAGGAUUUGUGUAAAGAUGAGAUUAAACGUAUAUCUGACAGAGUAAAAUCCCCUGAAAUUAUUUACAAAGAACCCAGAACUAGAGAGGAUUUCCAACAAUAUUCAAUUCUGCUCUCUCUGGAUCCAAACACAGUGAAUAAAAAUCUCCAGCUGUCUGAGAAGAACACUGUGGCUACUUACACCGACACAGUCCAGCAGUAUCCUGAUCAUCCAGACAGAUUUGAUUUUUUUUAUCAGGUGUUGUGUAGAGAGAGUUUGUGUGGACGCUGUUACUGGGAGGUUGAGGGGAGUGGUGGUGUGUAUAUAUCAGUGUCAUAUAAGAGCAUCAGCAGGAAGGGAUCAGGUCAUGAGUGUGCUUUUGCAUGUAAUGAUCAGUCCUGGAGUUUGUUCUGCAGUGACUCCAGCUGCUACUUCAUUCACAAUAAUAAAGAGACUGAUCUCCCUGUAGUAUCUAGGUCCUGUAGAAUAGGAGUGUAUGUGGAUCACAGUAAAGGAUCUCUGUCCUUCUACAGCAUCUCUGAUACAAUGAACCUCAUACACAGAGUCAACACCACAUUCACUCAACCACUUUAUCCUGGAUUUUGGCUCAAUGAAAACUCAAACAUAAAACUCUGCAAUCUGACAAGAUAGAUACAGAGAUUGUAUUAAUAGUGUUUUAUCACAACUUUGACCUUCAUGAUUAUUUAGUGACUGUGAAAUGUUAAAAGUCUUUUAUUGUCUCAUGAAAAAUAUCAUUGAAACAUUUGAACACAACUCUUAUCACUGCAUUUAUUGCUCUACUCUAAAAAUGCUGGGUCAGAUAUGGACAUUUUCUAGAUGAUUUUAAACCAAUGGUAGAGUUUGUCCAUAUAUAACUCAACCAUGUGUUAAAAAUAAUCCAGCAUUUUUUAGAUGGAUCUAACAAUAGUUGUGGUGUAAGAGUGGAGCAACAGUUAAUGUAAAGUUAAUAUUUACAAAGGUUUUUUGUUGUUGGACGAAGCAACAUAGUUUGUGUUUGUUCUGAUUUAAUUUUUUUUUACUGAUUUCUUCAUGGAUAUUUUAAGUAUGUAUUUGAUUCUGAUUUACUUUUUCUUUUUGUUAGAUUUUUUUCUGCUUUUAAACAGAUUGUAUGCCACGUAUAGCUGUCAUAAUUUUGUAAUGUGUGUUUUAAAACUGUAUAUUUUAUUCACAUAAAAGAGAAAAAUCUAUGUAUUUAUUUCAAUUUUCAACAUGCUUGAAAUCUCUUGUGCCCUCUCAUCUGGUAUGCAUCUUCUGACAUUUAGUUGUGUAUUGAUUUAUUUCUUACUUAUUUUGCUUUCCUCGUGUUAAGCAUCAAACAAUAUCAGAUAAAACAGAUAAAAAACAACUAAUUAAUAAAAGUUUUCUAUUAUCAUUAUUUAUCCAUCAUCCCUAUAUUUCCUGACAUAUAUUAUCAGGGUUUAAAAGUGUUAUGAAAUGAAUGUCAGAGAAGUACUAAAAGCACAGAAUAAAGAGACUUUCUGUUAGAAUAUGAUUUCCCUACCACAUUAAAAAACUUUUUUUUUUUUAAGACGAAUCAUGUUGUGUAUUGUGAAAUGCUGUUGAUGUCAUCAUAGAUCUUUGGCUUUGUGUCAUGAGGACUUCACCUGUGCAGAAUAGCUAACUGUUUUUAUGAGAGACAAAUCCGUGUAUCAUUUAUUUUCAAGUCAUUUUAAAGGUUUUGAGGUUCUACCUCAAAACGAAAAAUCAAGCUGAAUUCUCGUUUUUCGUAUUUUGACAAAAUGAAAGAAAAAUUAGAGAAAAAAAAAAUAAUAAAAAAAUAAAACCGAAAAAAAAAAUUGCUUGAUUUUUAAGAAAAAUUAAGAAAUGAACUCUUUUCUCAUGUUCUACUUUCAAUAUUAAAUAAAAAAAAACUAUUGAACAAAUGAAUCCUGCAUUUAUUAGCUUCUUGAAUCAGAUAAAGAUAAUUGUUUAGUUAGGGGGCGUGCACACCAAAGCUUUUAC